AUGAUAAGAACGCAAGAGGUUCGCAAAGAGCAAAACAACUUCUUUAAGAAACAUGAAAACCCCCGUCCGUUGAACUUCUUUAUAGAGUUUAAAUAUCGCAGAAAGUCAUCUGGUUAUCACGAUUAUAAACAACAAUUGGACAAAGCGUUACAAGACGACCCUAAUUCAAAAAAGCUGUUAGAUUUACGGAGAAAAUAUGAUAAUAAUUACAAAAAUGACUGGGCGCAAUAUGAAGAUUGGAAAAAAAAUAAAAAAGUCAACGAAGCGGUAAAGAAAAGGAAGCGCGAGGCUCAUGCCAGAUUUCAUGCUCAAUUAGACGACAACCUCGAUGGUGGAAACUUUUUUGAUAGUCAGAAGAGCGUAAGUUGA